CAUUUUCGACUCGCUGCGAAGACAAGCUGACGAAUGUUUCCAUGGAUUUCUAGCCGAGAUUUGAGCGACUGCUGGACGCUUUUCUGGGACUCUAACCCAUGGCCAGCAUGGUGCGGGAGACCAGGCACCUUUGGGUCGGGAACCUACCGGAGAAUAUCCGCGAGGAGAAAAUUCUAGAGCAUUUGAAACGGUAUGGCCGCGUUGAAAGCGUGAAAAUCACUGGUAAGCGUGACACCGAUGGGGGCCUGUCAGCAUUCGUCGACUUUGUGGAUAUAAAUAGUGCGACCAAAGCACACGAUGCACUCAUCAAAAUUGCAGAACGUGAACUGCGAAUAGAGUACAAUAACCCGGACUCCCUUAUAUCCGAGGAUGCUAUAGGACAUCGGGAUUAUGACGUUGGUCAUGGGAGGCAUUCCCGGUAUGAUGGUCGACGUGAUGGAUCUUUAGAUGACAGAUAUGACCACCCAGGAACUAAUUAUGAAUAUGGCAGCCGUGGAUAUGAUAGACAUUAUGGAAGAGACUCAGGAGCUUACCAUGAAGAGGAUAGUUUACCCGUGUCAUACCGCGAUCGAUCGCGAGAUCGGACUUACAAUCGUGGUGUCAACUACUACCAACAUUCCAGCAGCACUAGAACUGAGUCAAACUUUGACACACAGCAGCCGCCGCCACCUCAAACACAGCAAUCGGACCAGGAUUACCAUUUCCCUUUAAGGGACCAGUUUGCCACGACGCGUGGCGAUGGGGACUCGUACUCCGACUCUGGCGCCUCCAGGAAAGCGCGGAGUCGAAACAAAGUGACGCGCAGAGCGGGCUCUGCUAAGACCACGAGUCGAUCCCCACACUCAGGGUCUGUCACACACUCAACAAGGAGUUUAAGCCGAUCACAGAGUCGGUCGAGGAGUCGCAGCCGGAGCUCGGACUCGAACAGCAGUGCCUCGGCGGCGAGCGAGGAGAACUGGGAACGGCGGUCGCGGAGUAAAGAGAGUGACCGUGAGAGUCGGAACACGGAGAAUACACUGAGCUCGGCUGGGUCCAAGAACGCAGCGGGACUCUGCGUGAGGAACUUGCCAACGCGAUCUAGCGACACGAGUAUUAAGGAUGGGCUGUUUCAUGAGUUCAAGAAGUACGGCCAGGUAACAGCGGUGACCGUACAUGGAACGGGUGACGACAGAGCUGGCAUCGUGUUUUUCAAAAGAACGGAAGAUAUGGAGAAGGCUCUGGCAGCGUCUAAAGGAAAACUCUUCUUCGGCUGUGAGAUGAAACUAUCGAUAUGGGAUGGACCUGACAUCGGUGUUGACGACAGCGACGUCAGGUACUACGAGAAAGAACUGGACGAAUUUCAUCCGCGGGCGACGAGGACGCUCUUUGUCGGCAAUCUCGAUCGUACCAUCACUCGAGAAGAACUGAAGGAGGCAUUCCAGAAGUUUGGGGACAUCGUGGUUAGUACAGCCGAUAUUGAAAUCAAGAAGCCACAGGGUGCCCAGCCCUUUGCAUUUCUUCAGUUCUCGGACAUCGACAGUGUCGUGAGGGCCAGAAGGAAGCUAGAUGGAGAGGUGGUCGGCAAAAACAAAGUCAAGCUUGGGUUUGGCAAGAGUAUGGCCACCAACUGCAUCUGGCUGGAUAACCUAACGACCAACACCACUGAGAGCUAUCUGGUGCGGUUCUUCAACAUGCGCUACGGUCCAAUCUCCCGUAUAAGUCUCGAUAAACAGACGGGCACUGCGUUGAUCUUCUUCUACAACAUUGAGCACGCUCAGAAGGCCAUGCAGGACAUGAAGAAUACGCGUAUCUCUGGACGCAGACCUAAGGUUGACUUUGCCAGCAGGGAGUGUCAGAAUCACUUCUACGCUCGUCUGGAUAAGUCUGGUCAGCUGCCGUUCCAUUCUAGAGAUGCGUCACCGAAUGAUCGUCCUUUCCGAGACUCGCCUAGUGAGUACCGCAGCUCAGCACGCAACUCACAAAGUCGUCGCAUCCGUUCCCAGAGUAACCACACUUCCCCAGGGAACUACCAUGGGUCCAGCAGUUCACAGUACAGUGAGGAGCAGCAGCGUUUUAGUUAUCCAACGGGAAGCGGCGAGUUCUACCGCAGUGGGACAAGCGGCGAGCGUAACAGCACAGAGAACAACGGGACGACGGGUUUCGAUGGGGAGGAUUCAUAUGAGAGGGAGUUGAGAGAAUACGGGUAUCACCAACGGGAGAGGAAAGAGCAGCAACAUAAAGAAAGGAGUCGGAGUCUCAGUCCGAGAGAAAGGUCGUACGAGAGAAGGCGGUGUAGUGGUAGUGUAGAAUCUCAGGAAGUUAACACCCCUACACAGAGCCCCUACCACAGCCGAAGUGUGAGUCCAGUGGCUUGCCCGAGGAGGAAGCGAACACCACGUAGUACUGUAACUGUUCAGGGGUCAGACCGGUCCUACACACCGGUCCAAAGCCCCUCCCAGGAAGAAAACUACAGAGAAGAGAAAGACAGAUGGAAGAACCGUUUACUCGAAGGAUCCGAUGAGAGAGGAUCGUCCACGGAACGUAGUGAAACAAGACACAAAGCCAAGAAAUCUAAGAAGCAUGUUCUGAGCAAAGACUCUGAUGAUGAUAGGAGUGAUAAGUCAUCGAGACUGAGUGAGAAAUCGCUCUCUAAGUUGAGUGAGAAAUCAAAACUGAAGCGAUCUUUGGAGUGUAUAAAAGCCACCCGGUGCAAGGAUAUUGCUCUGAAGAUAGAUAGGACUAAAGCAGAAAAGCGGCAGGAAAAGGUGAACUGUGAUGUUCGGCUUGAGAAAUUCAGUACCACUGACACCAAUCGAACGGAGAAAGUCAAUUGUGAUGUGCGAACGGAAAAACAAAAUUUCGAUGGAAGGACAGAAAAAUUGUCUAUGGAAGAGGUGGAAGAUGCUCAGAAAUCCAAAGAAAAGUAUAUGAAGAAGGUGAAAGCAAUUGAGUUGGAUGAUUCAAAACUCAAGAAACUUGUGGAGAAAGAAAGGACUAGUGACAUAUUAGUAAGGUCAAAAGAACUUCCUGGUUUUGAUACCAGCAAACUGCAGCAGCUGUCAAUAGAAACUGAAAAUGCCCGCAAGCGACGGAGAAUCGCCGAGGCAGAUCAAGUUCACUCGGUGGUUGUACCUGGUGAAAGCGAUGAACUCAUGCGCAAGCUGGAGGCGCGCAAACAACGCUUCAGUGACAACAGUCCAGUGGAUGUUAACAAAAUGCGAAAGAAGGAAACGAUAAAGUCGCCUAAUAGUGAUAGAACGUUGCCCAAUAAAGUACCCAAAUCAGUCAUCAGUAAGCCGUUGUCUGAAAACUCAACAAACACACGUGAUCACCACGAUCCCUUGAAGAAUGUAAAUACCUCAUUAGAGUCUCACUUUAGUCGGGACACCAGAACAGUGAUUGAAAGCAAGCAUAAACCAGUCAGGGAAAGGCUGGGAACAAAACAUGAAGCUUUGAUACAGCUUGAAGGAAUUAAAUAUGAUCCUAUGGAGAGGUUUAACCAAAGCUUGUGUUUGGAGAGAAAAGAGAAGGAUCUGGACAUGGCACCCUUCUCUCAUCUCCCUGAACUCCCGGACAAGUUUGGCCCGAGUGGUAGUGGCCUGAGUCGACCCACGAAAUUGAACCAAGAGGAAGUACCCAGACUUAAGAUUGACAAGGGAUCGAUCGAGAACAAUAUGGACAAAACGCCAGAUAAAACUAAAAAGUCCCCACCGGAAACGGGGCGACUUGAAAAGUUUCUGCGCGAUAAAAACCAUGCACAUUCCAGCAUCAGUACAAGUGGCAUUCGGUUGCCACAGAGGGACAAAGUCAGAAUUCAGCAUCUACUUGAUAUGGAUGAGGGGAUCGCUAGCUCCAGCGAUCAGGAUACCCCAGAGGUUGAUGAGGAUCAAAGCAGUAGACAAGGGAGGACGUCCAGAAGUAGUAGUAGCGGACAAGGUCCUUCCUCUUCCACGUCAUCUUCAGGAAGCAAACCUCCAGUACAGGACAUGUUUGAGAAGCCACAUAUAGACACUAGUCUCAGUUGUCGGAAACAGAUGGAGAUCGCACGGAAAACGUUUGAGCAACAACUACAGGAGAGGGAAUCUCAGCAAGAGGAUGAGUUUCCUGGUCAGGUCUUGUUGGUACCACCGCCUCCUCCUCCUCCUAUGAACGCCAUUUCAGAGUCCUCUCUCAAUGUCGAUCAAACUGGAAAAAUUAAUGAAAAAGAGAAACACAGUGAAUCGGAUAAUGUCAUUCAGGAGAUGGAAUGGAAACUACAUAAGAUAACUCUUGUUGAGUUUUUCCCGAAAAGACGGCGGAGGAUGUCUGAAUCCCAGUCGGGUUCUGGAGAGGACGGAUAUCUUAAGCGUAGUUUUCGUUCUCGUCGUCAAAGCGAGGAUGGACUGAAGUCUCCGAAUGGAAUGUCGGACCAACCUGUGGAUCCACGUAUACAAGGUUACCCACAUGAGCUAGAGAAGCAUACAUCUUCAACGCAUAAGGAGGAUACUCCCUGUGCAGACAGUUCAAAACCGGAGGAUAAUACAUGUUCAAUCCAGAUUCGAUCUAUGGAGCUUAACGUCAACAUUCCCAAUGAUGGUGAGGCUUUGCCAUUGCUCUCACCUAAACCAAUUAACCAGCCGAUUGCAGUAUCGGUUGGUGAUACAUCAUCUCCAUCAACCAGUGCGCCGAUCUUGAGUCCAGCUGUAACCCCAGUAAAGUCUGAUCGUCGGCCUCUAUUGGCAACUCAUGUUGAAUCAGCUUUCAGGCAUGUCGGUCCAGACCCAACCAUGGAACAUAUCGCAAAGUGGAAGGCUUCUCUUGAGAACUGUAGUAUUGUGAAGAACCUUGAGAAAGCAAACCACACACUCUCUCCUCCUGAAAGGAAACCGGUUUUGAGUAUCGUUGAAAAUUUAAAGAAAGUUGAAGACCUACCUCCCAAGUUGCAAAAUGAAAACAUUGUGUUUGAUGUUCCGCAGCUCAAGUCACCCUCCCCGAGGAAGGUACUUUCUUUGAAAGAUGCAGUGUUGGCUGUUAUGGAGCGCAACAGGUUGAAACUGCCGUCACCAAUAAGUAAAGACCAACAGGAAAUCACACUUAGUUUAGCUAAGAGAAGUCAACCAGAGCAAUUCAAUCUUUUGUCAAACCUCCAGAGAGAAAAGAUAGUGGCUGAAAUUGCUGGACGUGAGUUGAAAGGAAGCUGUGGUACUCCUCCUACUACACCUCUCACCCCAAACACACCGAUUACUCCUGGGACACCAGUUGAAAUCAAAGUUGAUCUACUCUCCACAAAAUCGAGAGUCGAGCGCUUUAAUCUGAUCGGUAGAAUUAAGAAGAAGGCCAGGAGUACAGAAUCUGAACCACCUGUUCUUGACGGUAAAGAGCCUCAGAAGCAAGCGGAGAGGAAGGUGGAGACAUUUACCUCCCGACUUCUUAAAAGAAGCAGCAUUUUCGACCAGGACUCUGCCCGCCUUCAACAGAGUGCACACCUUAAUGAUCCAGUAUCAAGAAAGUUCAACUUCUCGGAUGGGAUGACAUCCCUUACAACUACUGAUUUGCUGAUGAGGGGAAAAAUAGAAGGCAAAGAGUUGAUCCCAGAUGGUCCCUUGGAGAGGAGAAACUCAAUCUCCGGGAGUUGGGUUUCAUCUUCAGCUCGAUCUCCAUUGACUGUUUCAAACGUUCUUCAUCGAACAGGAAAUGCAACCACAGUGGCAACUAGCAUGACGUCUCCAUCCCUUCCUCUGUCCGCUGGGAUCCUCCGAGAAAAGUCUCAGCAACAUCAGCCUCCUCAAAGGAGUCAGUCCUUCACUGCUCCUACUAAGGAAGAGAUAUCCCCAGUUUCAAUACUCAGAGAUCCCAGGAAGGAGCAUCGUGAAGAGGCGAGGAAAGACCAUGUUAAGGAAGACACUCGCAGAGAAACAUUGAAGGAAGACAUUCGUAAAGAAGCAGUCACAGAGGAUCCUUGGAAAGAUACCUCCAAAGAAUCGCCUUCUUUGCCAUCACAGAAGGAUGAACCGCCUAAAAUUGGAACAGCAUUGAAGGACCCUAAACGAGAAAGCGUAAGUGUGAGAGAAGAAUCCAUGCGUCCAAAGUCCAUCUUGAAGAAAGAUACAUCUUCUGAGUCUGGACCAGCCACUGCGACAUCAAAAACCACACCUCAUCAAGGAGAACCAAGUGCUCCAACACCAGCUAAGAUUGAGACUGAGAAUGGACCAAGAAGUUCUGAUCAGGUCAAACUGAAGAGGAAGCGGUCUCCAAGUCCAGUGAAAGCUCAAGAGAAAUCCGCUGAGGCAUCCAACAAGACCACAUCUGAUGUUUCUCCCAAACCUGCUCCUAAAUCUGCCCUCAAAUCACCACCAAAGAAAGCCCUUGCAAAGCCUUCUGUCAAAGAAAGUACUAUGAAAAAGCCGGCUGCUACUGGCUCGUCUACUAAAGAUACUCCUAAAGUAGUCAAAGAAUCAACUGUGUCUAAGCCACUUGUAAAGAAGACUUCAAAAGACCUGAAAGAUACUAAGGAGGAUAAGAAGCCAGUUGGUCAGCCCAAAAACACAGAGAAACCUUCAAAACACACUAAAGAAGUGAAGGAAAAGGAAAGUGGUGUUGCCUCAAAAGGCAAAGAAGUGAAAGAAAAGGACAGUGCUGUCGUAGGAAAAGUGAAAGACACCAAAGAAAAGGUUGACUCUAGCAAAGCGUCAUCCAAGGAUUCUUCAUCAAAGGUUGAUUCCAAAUCCUCUCAUGCUAGCAAACCUUCAACAGAGACAGAUUCUAAACCAGUGAAAGGCAAAACGGAUAAGAGCUCAAAGAUCAGUUCAAAGCAACUUGAAUCGAAGAAGAGCGCAAAGGAAAAGAAAGAACCAGCUCCUACUCUACCUGAUACGAAUGAAUCAGAUAAAAGUAACAUUUCAUCUUCAAAGGCUACUAUUGAGAAAAGCAAAGAACGAGAGGUCAAAACCAAGGAGUCUAAAGUAGCUGAAAAGUCGAAACAAAAGCCAAAAGAAAAGUUGAGAGAGAAAACCGAGAAGAAGGAAAAGGAAAAAGAAAUUGAGAGGAAAGAGAAAGACUUGGAGAAGAAAGAAAAAGAUUCAGAGAAGAAAGAAAAAGAAUUGGAGAAGAAAGAAAAAGAUUCAGAGAAGAAAGAAAAAGAAGCGGAUAGACCAAAAGACAAAGUGAAAACUAAAGAUAAAGUGAAGACUUCGCAUCAAGAAACAACAAAGUCUAUCAAGAAGGCUGUAGAGAAAGCGGAGAAAGUGGAUAGUACCCCAAAGCAGCCAGCUAGAGGGGUUGCUGCUCUUUUGUCCACCUUGUCAAGCUCUGACGACAGUGGUGACUCUGAACCUGAACUUCAGCUGAAAGCUCUGCCGCAAGAAUCUUCUAAAGUCUCCAAGCAGAAAGCUAAAAAGGAUCGUCGCAGGAUAAUCUAUUCUUCUGAAUCAGAAUCUGAUGACGACGAAGAUUUUUUUGAGGACAAGAUGUUUACACUGAAAGCAGACGCUAAAAAGGUAAAGGCUGAAACAGCAGCAGUCAGUAGAGAAAGUGACAAACCAAAAGUGUUGGAAGAAAAUCUUGAGAAGCCGACAAAAGCUAAAGACAGAAAGAAGAAAAAGAAGGAAAAAGAGCCGGAGAAUGAAAAAGCCAAGAUCAAGGAAGUGCAGGCAAAGAAAGAGCACAAGGAACCAGAGCCAGAGAAACAAGACCUAGUUUUGCCAAUGGAAGUUUAUGAAUUGGAAAUCCCAGAACCAGAAGUCCAAGUAGAGCCUAGGAAACCAUCCAAGAAAGUUUCUUCCAGGAAAGCUAAGUCGAGAAGAGGCAAGGAAGUGGAAAAAGAGGUUGAAAUUUGUAAGCAACCAGAUCCUGUGUCCGAAGUUGAAGAAGAUAACUUCACAGAGGAAAUCAAGCCUCCCGCUAAGAAGCAAAAGCUGUCUUCUCCUGAGUGUAAAACCGAACCAGAGAAAGUCAUUUCUAAGACACAUGGCAGGUCCAAUAAGCACAAAAAGAAGUUGGAGGUUGAAAGUUUAUAUGAAAGUUUGCCUGAAGAACCAGAAGUUAAACCCGACAUCAUCGAUGAAGAACCUGUGAACAAAACAUUCAUAAAGGACUCUGACAACAAAACAAAGGUUAAAGGCAAUGAGGAUGUUUCUAAGAAAGCAGUGAAGUCUCAAUCCAAACCAGUAGACCUUCCUGAACCUGAAGAGGAGAAAGUAGUCGUUGAAGAAAUUCCUGUGAAACCAAAAGAGUCAAAGAGGCAUUCUAAGUCCAAAAAGAAAUCAAAGAAGGAGAAAAAUGUAAAUAGUACUCUGCCAGCUCCGAGUGUUGAGAUUGAAGAAACUCCAGUGACAAUACCAGAAGAAACAAGUACUGUCAAAAACUUUUCAGAUGAUCUUCCAAUGCUCUCAAUAGAGGAACCAAUUUCAAAAGAACCAAUUGAGGAAACGGCACCAGAAAUGUUGGACAUGCCUCCAGACGACUUGGUGGCCGUUGAAGAAACACCCGAAGAUCUUCCUCCUUUGAACACUGGAAACCAAGAUGAAACGAAGGAGUUGGAGGAGCAACCAGAUGAGGAGACCGAGCCAGAAGUAUUGUCUCCCCAAAGGCCAAGCAAGAGGCGGUCUGGUAAGGGGAGAUCCCCAAGGAAAGGGUCUCACAAAAGGAAGUCACGGAAGACCCGAGACAGAACCAGAAAAGUUGAACCUCCACCCGAUGAUCUCGACAAUGAAGAAGCAGUUAAGGAAGCUCUGGAUGAGAAAUUCUCAAAAGUCGGAGGAUUAGAUAUUACGCUGUCAUCUAAGGAUCAUGAAUCAGAGAUUGGGAAAAUUGAUGAAACAAUUGAAGCAAAAGAUGAAUUGAGGAUUGAUACUGGAAAGGUUGACUCCCUUUCAGUCCAAGAGAACACAGAGUGUGAUUUUUCUGAUCUUGAAGUUCCAAAGACACCAACUUUUGAACCGAUGUCUCCACAUCUACCUACUGAGGAGGAUCUAGAAUUGGAGCGGGGUGCAGAGAAGCUCCAAAGCCUUCUCGAUGACGAUGAAGACAAACCACCCAGUGUGCAAACGCAGGAAGAACUGAAGUUUAGCCCUACUGGGAUUGAGUUGAGCAAUGUAUUUUCAACACUUCAGAGUCCCAUUCAAAGUGUGCAGAGUCCUUGUGCAACAAUCCAAAGUCCUCCUCAGGGUCUUCAAAGCCCACUUCACAAUCUGCAAAGUCCUCCUCAAAAUCUUCAAAGUCAACCACCUAAUCUUCACUGUCCUCAAGUCGCCAGAGAGAGUGAACCUGAAACGGUUGAUACCAAAGACAUUUCUGAGAAGCAAGUCCUUUCAGAAGCGACAGGAGAGUUUGUGCCGGAGAGUGAGCUGGAGAGGUUGGCGUUAGAGGCAAAACAGUUGGAUACAAAACUGGAACUAGUGCAAGAUGUUCUCCCUGUGAUACCCAUUUUCCCGGAGUCUAAGGAGAUGGUCACACAGUUGCCCUUCACCCCACUGUUUGAAAAUGACACCAAGGUUGAGGAACACCUCGGAGAUAUCAAACUGAUUCUUAAGCCAGAGCCAAAGCGGAUUAGAGGUAGGAGGGGAAGAAAACCGAAAACAGCCAAAGAGAGUCAGGGAAGAGCACGAACCAUUGCUGAAAUCAUCAGUAGCGGACUGCUUGGUGAACCUAAAGCUCAGGAGAACACCCCAACUAAAGAAGUCCAUGAACAAUAUGCUUUACCUGAUGUCAGACUUCACGAACUUGACCCAUCAAAGGAUGAAAAACUUCCUCCCUGGAAGCCAGUCAUUGGCAUUCCUACUUCAGCUAUGGUUCUGCAGCCCCCUUUUAUUGGUAACAUACUUUCAAAAGAGGAUGCCGAUAUUGGAUUAAAGGUUGCACCCCCUCUGAUGCUAACAGACAUCGAAGAUCAGUUGUUAGAUGCAAGAGAGCAAACCCAGGCAGAGAAAGCGGAAAUGGAGGAAGCUGUUGCCAACAUCCUUGUAGCAGAAGAGCCUGUACCUCUUGAGCAAACACAAAGCAUGGCAAGCGAAGAAAGACCAGUCGCUGUAGAGAAGGUCUCUGAAAGUCAAGAGAUUCUCAAAGAAGAUAGAACCAUGGCUUUUGAAGCCAAGUCUAAAGAAACUCCAAAGGAACUUCCAAAGGAUGCUCAAAAGGACCCAAAGGUUGUAUUUGGAUCUCCAAGUCGACCAAAGGAUGGCCCCUACAUCUUUGGUCAUCGUUCUAGAUCAAACUCUGCCACAGCUGCAAUUGCAACUGCAGUCGAGGCGCCUAAGUCUGGUGACUUCAGUGUUUAUGAAUUCACAGAUGAUGAGAAUCCAAGGCCUAGUAAAGUGAAGACGACAACCCCUGAAACAGCUCCAAAGCCUCCACCAUGUUCCGAGAGUCCUGCCAUCACCCUUGCAGUUUCUCCGGUAUCUGCUGCAGACUGGGCAAAGAACAAGGUGGCAAGCUUGAAACAGGCUGCUGCCGAAUCAAGGAGACAAGAGGCAGCAGGCAUUGACGUGUAUGACUUUCAACCAAGCCCUGGUGCAGCAGCAGCAGAAAUUCUUAAAGGUUCUCCGGGUAAAGCAGCUGGUCGAGGUAGGCGAGCAUCUCGUGGCCGUGGUGGUGGACGAGGGCGUGGUAGAGGAAGAGGAAGAGGAAGAGAUAUCGACCCUGAAGCAUGCAAAGAACAGUUGGCCGCUACUGUUCAGCAAGCAGACACUGUCUCCGCCCUAUUGAAGCUUGGUGAGGCUUAUCCUUCAGGUGCUCUCCCUGUAGCUGGUAUCAUUCAUCAGACGGAAGGGCCUCCAAGAAAACCUGAAGACCCUCCAGCUGGUUUGGUGAUGGUUUCUACUGUUCCGGUAUCAGUACCAGCAGGACCUCCAGAUAUGAACACUAUCAGAACAAUGGCUUCUGUCUCAAAUGCUCAACUUCAAUCACCUUCUGGGCAGCCAAUAACACUCGGUCCUGCUAAUGUCUCCACCGUAGCUGUUGUAUCAUCCCCGUCAAGUGUGUCACCUGCUGGAAUGCCAACAGUUCGUCAACUUCCAAUACCCACUGUCGCACCAGCUAGUUCAGCAUUAUCCCAUUUCUCACCAUCAUCAAUUACAACAGUUGCAUGUACAGCUGCUAAUAUGCCUGCAGUUGUAGCAGCCUUAGAAACUCCUGUCGGGCAAAGAUCUACCCAGGAAACACUUGGUCCAACAAACAAAAGACGCCAGCGACCCAGCCGUAGUCGCAGAGACUCAAAGACUGAACUUGAGAAGUGGGCUGGUCUCCAACAACAGUUGCAAAUGAGCCAGAGUCAAUACCAGACUCCGCAGGAACAGCUGGUUGCAGCGCACUUCCAACAGGCAGCAAUGCAGAAGACACUGGAGCAGCAAGCAGCUCUGCAAAAGAGUCUAGAGCAACAACAACAGCAACAUCAACAACAGCAACAGCAGCAGCAGCAACAGCAGCAGCAACAGCAGCAGCAACAACAACCGACAUUCAGUAGGGCAGCAGAACAACCUCAAAUGAUACCAUUACAACAGACAGCAGCAGCAGCUAUGCAAGCUCAAGUGCAUGCUCAGAUUCAAGCACAAGUGCAUGCCCAACAAUCUCAAGCCAUGGCCCAAAACCAACAGCAGCUUCAGUCGCAGACACUAGGCAAAGCUGCUUCUCAGCCGAUGUCACAAGCUCAUGCACAGGCCCAACAGCUCAUUAAUCAUUCACAGAGCCAAGCUCAAGCUACUUCCAAUAGCCAGCAAGCCCUUGUGAGUCAGGCCCAACUUGAAGCUCACUUGCGAGCCAUCACAAGAGUAGAUCAAACUCAGCAGAAACAAGUCUCGUCUCAGUUGUCGAUCUCUACCACGAUGGCAAUGCCAUACCAAUCUCAUCACUUGUCACCGGUAGCCAUGUCUGCGGCCACAACCUAUCCUGGAUAUAUUAGACAAGGAGCACAAUCCAUCACCACUAUUGCAGGGUACUCAACUGUACAGAGUAUUCCCUCUGCCACUGGUCCUGUGAAGGCCAGUCCAGGUUCAAACUCGAGGUCGCCUUCUGCUGGUAACCCAAACUCCACAGCCACCACUGUAGGGACAUCAGUGAUCACCGAAAACAAACCUGUUUUCUCCAACAUCAUGCAAUCCUGUCGAGUGCCAACAUCAGUGGCCUCUACUUCUUAUCCUGAUGCCAGUGUCCUGCGUGCGAGGCUUACUCAGUCAGAUUCAAAGGCAAUGCUGCCACCAAAGAAGGAAAAGAUAGUUCAAGCCAUGGCAGCAUCACAAAAUGCAGCUUUAGAGCCCAGGACCAACAAACAGGAUAACGGCAAGAACCAGUCACUUGAAGUGCAGCAGGUUAUUUCUGACGGGUCAAAAGUUCCCCACAUGGAGCUGCUCCACCAUCCUAUGUCGGCUGUUUCACAGGCUCAACAGCAGCAACAACAGUGCUUACAAAAAGACGAGCAAGAAAGGAAGAGGACCAUUAGUGAGCAGCAGAGAGCAGCAGCAAAUGAAGCCUGGGUGCGUGCCACAGUUGAAGGACGCCAAGUCCCACCCAAUCAAGGAAUGCCAGCCAUCCGUACUCCAGAGGGCCAGGUGUUGUUCUUAUCACAGCGAGGAGGAGCGAGACCAGAGCUGAUCCAUCCAAACCAGCAUGGUGUUAUGAUGCCAAGCGGACACCCGGGAGAGAUGGUGUACCCCGGCAUGAUGCCUCCCUACUUCGCUGACCCUAACAAGAAGGACAAGUCACCUGGUACUGUACCUCCAGCAGUUGCAGUCCAGAACAUGAUGUCGAUUGAGACCGGUAAAGCUGUUGUGCCUCAGGCUGUGUAUCUACCAGGAGCUCUGAGAAUGCCUGGUCCUUACCAACGAAUGAUAAUCCCUGGAAUGGAGAACCAACAAGGAAUGAUGCAUUCGCCAGGUGGUCGUAUUACAUCUCCAAAGGUGGCACCCGGAACAGCAACAUCCCCAGCACUCUCACCUAGAGUUAAAUCACCAGCACUUGUGCAUAACGAUAUUACAAGACCGCCAUCGACACCGGAUAUUCAGAAAGGCAGUGAGUUGGCUCCCCACGGCAUGAUGCAGCCUGGUAUAAUCUCCGGCAUCCCACCCAGAACUCCUGGCAUCACAUCUGGGAUUCCACCCCAGAGAUUUGACAUGCCGGGGGUAAUGCCCGGUGCCAUCAUGCAUAGAAGGAUGCCUCAGAUGAUUAUGCGGCAGCAAGGCUACGGCAUCCCAGCCCGCUCCCAGAAGCAGGAAGACCAUCCAGAAAUCCUCCAUCAGGAGAAGUCGCCACAUCUACAGAUCCCACCAGACGCCAUCCACCGGCGGACUCCAGGAAUGGAAGCUCACAUCCAGAUGCAGACACAGCAACAGCAAGCCUUCCAGGUCCGACAGAUGGAACUUGCCAGACAGGGACUCCACCCAUCAGAGAACGAGAAUGCAUCAACGCCGAGGCCGCCCAAUCAUGAUUAUCAGUCGCUACCAGGAAGAGAGACGCCUGUGUGGUUAACCCAUGGAGUACAAGUUGGAGGACUUUCACAGCUUGCUCAUACUGCUGUUGGAAUGCAUCCCAACCAGACCAGCCCAUCACCAAGGACCAAACCUCCAGAUGCCCUGGUUGGACUUCUCAGUCGGUACCCAGUCAUGUGGCAGGGGCUUCUGACCCUAAAGAACGACCUUGCUGCUAUUCAGAUGCACUACGUCUCAGGGAGUCAGGGAGUUGCCCAGGAAUCGUUGCAGAAUACUCAUCAUUCCUUGAGGAUUGCACAGCGUAUGAGGCUUGAACCAUCACAGCUUGAGGGAGUCGGUAGACGGAUGCAGGUGCUUGAGGAGUCAUGUGUCCUGCUGGCUUUGCCAUGUGGUCGAGAUCAUCUGGAUGUGGUCUCCCAGACAAAUACGUUAAGGGAUGAUUUCAUCACGUAUCUCCAGCAGAAGCAAGCUGCCGGGAUCAUCAACGUAGCGGUCCCUGGAACAUCGCAGCCUGCUUUUGUGGUUCACAUCUUCCCACCCUGUGAGUUCACCCAGGCAAACCUUCUACGAGUCGCCCCAGACCUCAUGGAAAGCGUCACAGACAUAGCCCAUCUGAUGGUCGUCAUUGCAACCUGCUGACACUUGGUGGCGCUGUUCAUCUACUGUCGUAAGCUGGACUUUAACAUGGGUCCAUCAUGGUUUGCUCUAAAAAAAAAAAACUGAACUUUUCCAACAUUGUGAUGGAAACAUUAAUGGUUCCGUUUGUGUUGUUGAAAAGUUUUUUGUUUUCAAUUUUAGACUUUAAGGGCCAUGUAACAUGAGGCAAUUUACAGGCAACCAGUUCCAGGCAAAGUAGAAAAACCAUCAUCUUCACAAUCGUCUUCGGAAACUAAGAUGUAUGUUGUACUCUCAAAGUUUUUCAUUUAGCAUGCAGUGAAGUUGGGUGCCUCCCGAGUUGCCUGUAAAACUUGCCCGUGUGACAAGGCCUUAAGAUGUUUAGUACGAAACCUGCUCAAUCUUGCCAUUACUGAAGAAGGAACGGUAGUGCAGAUAUUUGUCGGAGAAUGAAAUCCCAAGAUGGGUGAUAUUCUAAAGCUGAAGAAGUGCGAGACAUUUGUUCACAUUUUGUUUAAGACAACUUGACUCAAAAGUCAAGGCAUAACCAUUGGAAAUAAAGUACAGCAUUGGUGUAGGAUUUUUUGUUUAUUACAAUCAAGGAGAAAACUUACCCGAGUUCUGACAAAGAUAAAUAUAUAUAGAGCUCCAAUUUUGCUCAAAGUUUUAAAGCUUAGUAGGCGUACAAACCUCUGUAGAAGCUUGACAAGUUUGCCCUGAUAUGGCUAUUUGCAAAUCAUUGCUUUUAAUUUUGUGUUUUAGAGAAGUUUUAAGUUGACCGUAUAGUCAAGAGAUGUUUUUACUUUUGUGCAUAAAUGCAACUUGGCACAUGCAGGCUUUCAGAAAAGAAAAACUGCUCCGCAGGCUUUGUCCACUUGGGAACAAAAAUACUACCUGCAGAAAGUUGCGUCUGCAGAAAGUUGCGUCUCUCGAUCUUAGAUGAUGAUUGAGAUUCUGAAGACUGCAAAUUUCUUAGCAUUACACACCUGAGUUAUCGAUGCUGUACUUUAUUUGAACAAAAUUCAAAAGACAUCUAGAAAUUGCUGCUAGCUCUGUAUUUGUCUCAGUUUAUAAAGUUUUGUAGAGAGAAGAAUCCGUCCAAGAACAUGUUCCUCAACAUGGUUUUUUCGUUUUACGUUUGUUUCUAUUGUAAAUCAGAGAUGUUCACUCUUUGUCAAGAUGUUAAACUAAAAAAAAAAAAUUACAGGGAAACAAAAUCAACCUCAGAUGUGUUUUAUUGCAUGUUUUUUUUUUCUUAGCAAAAUAUUCUUUCAUAUUGCACUUCUAAUCAUGGUUUUUUCGAGGUUGAAGACAAAACAAAAUUAGUUGUCAGUCUUUUUGUCAUGUCUCACAAUUUAUAAGUUUAAAUACAAAUUUGGAACUGAUUGGUCCAGAUACACACUGCAAAUUUACAGAAAUUCAGAAGCUACAGCAAUUAUUUGAUUUUAUGUAUUAGAAUUUUUUUCAAAUCACUUUUUGAUCACUUUGUGUCGGCGACACCAUGUUUUCCCUUGUAACUCUUGGCAAAAUUAAUUUUUUGAAUCUUUAAAAAGGUAAUACCUUCAUAUCCUUACUUCCAGAACCUCAUUUUGUUUUUCAAUUUGUAACACUUCAUAGUUUUUUUUUUCAAUUACUGUUUGAAAAACUCCUUUAUCUCAUCAUUAGUAACAUUCGUUACUCUUCUAAAAUCGCUUCACUUUCUUCAAAAAACAAUUUAUUCCACAGAGUUCCACAAAGACAUGUGCAACCUUGCUUUGAAAUUAUACAUUUUUGGUUUGGGCGAAUACAGUGAAAAAGCUGAUCUAGUUCUAUAGGCUGUUGUUUUUUGUCACCAAUAAAUGCAGCAUGUUACCAAUAGAGGGCGCUACUGAUAUGCAGCCCCACUUUUAUGUCACUCGUAUAUAAGGACCAAUUAUUCAUUUUAAAUAAUGUUGAAACAGUUCGACAGUUGCAUUACCGUGUUUUUUUAAUUAACUGUCUGAAUAGAGUCAAGUUUUGUCACCUUUUAGUAAAAUAAAAAAACGUGAGAUUUUUAUAAGAUUGUAGUUACAAGUGUUUUUACAGUUAAAUGAAACAGAAACGCUCAAAAAGAAAGAUGUAAUUUGAUUUUUGUUAAUGCAUGAAACUCAAUGUCAUUGUUUUCUCUGUGAUAUUUCUGCUCUUAAGAAGAAAAAGCGCUCAGUUUGCGAAAGCUUUUAAGCGGACUUUGAAUCAGUGUUUAGUCAACAUUUGUUCAUUUUAUGGCACAUUACAACCAGUUUUUGUUUAGGAGGACUAUUCUAUGCUAAGUAAAUUCUUCUUCUGUUAAACCGAGUCCACAGCCGGUAGUUUUCAAGCGUACUGUUCGUCCCAAUACUGCAAUGUGGCAGGACGCAGUCUCAUGAAGUAGUAGAAGUUUCCCGCUAAGCAGAAAUUAGCAGGGUACCGGUCACAAACUGUACAUAACACGGUGUCUUGGCUGGUAAUCUGUUUUUGCUGCUAAGCAAUAUUUUUCUUUUCAGCUUUAUGAAAUUGUUGCCUGUUCUGUGCAGUGCACUUUAGUUUAACAUGUGUAAGAAUAUUUGUUUUGUUUAUUUUGACACCAAACAUGGAGUUCGUUCUCGCUUUGUACACGCACACGCAUAUAGAUAUUUUGUUACUUGAUAGUGGAAACCUUUCUUCAUUUACUAACCAAAGUUAAAAUUAUCCGCAUCCAUUUUUUUUCCUGGUUCACUUAAAAGUUUCAAGUCUUGUUUACAUGAUUCGUUUUUCAUGUUUAUUGAACUGUUUGUAAUGACAAUACUUAAAGUUUCCGAAGAUGUGUAUUGUUAGUAGACUUUGGAUGUUAUAAGGGAUCGAAAAAAACAGUUCUUGAUCAAACUGUUUUGUAGUGAGCCCUUGCCAAAUGCUUAUACCAAAGUAAGGUUUUUCAUGUUUAUUUCCUGUUACAUUUUUCAAGUGAUGACCGCAUUUGAUUUGUAUGCGUGGCAAAAACUAAUAUGAUUAUGAUUAACUUUAAAAAGAUUUAUUGAUUUAGGUGUUUUUUUUACACAGGUAUAAAGAAAUAUAUAUAUAUAUAUUUGGGAUACUUAUGUGGGAAGUUGGUGUUGAGGGGUUGUCCGAGUUUUGUGAUUAGGUAUGCUGUGUACUGUAUUUAAAGAUUAAGACGUACGGUGUCGUUUCUAGCUCAUGCAGUGUAACAUUUUUGUUGUUGCUUUAAAGGCAGUGGACACUAUUGGUAAUUGUCAAAGACUAGCCUUCACAGUUGGUGU